GUCGUUGCCAUCUCCCUUGGCGAUCGCACGCGUUCCUUCAAAAUAAGCCGAAUGUUGUUGAAACAAGACUAAUCUAGGCUUCCUUUUGAUGCAUUCCUCAUAAAUCAAGAUGGAUUUUUUGGUUUCAGUUUUAUUGUUUGUCCUAGCAACGUCCCAUCUCGUCUUCUGUAGCGUUAAUUCUGAUGGAAAUCCGAAUUCGUGUUCUUCAAAUCCCUGCCAAAAUGGUGGAAUUUGUUCAGUAAAUGGAACRAAGUUUAAUUGUCAGUGUUUUCAUGGAUUUACCGGACAAAUGUGCGAAAUCAAGCCGUCCGAUUGCUCUCCAACUCUCUGCGUUAAUGGAGUGUGUAAAAAAGAUAGUAAUGGUAAGCCGACGUGCUAUUGCAAGCAGGGAUUUAAUGGUUAUCGCUGCGAGAUAAACGAGGAUGAAUGUGCUUCUUCUCCUUGUCGACAUGGUGGACUUUGUGUAGACAAAAUCAACGGCUAUCGCUGCACUUGUCAAAACGGAUUCUACGGUCUACAUUGCGAGUUAAAAGAAGAGCAGAUUCAACAGUGUGUACAGAGCUGCAGUGGAGGAUUGUGUUGGCGGAACGAAAGCGAAGUAAUAAAACUUGAAUGGGGUUAUGGAGAAAGUAUCUGCAACACCCAGCAUUCUUGUUUUGACACGGCAGACUCUAACCACACUUUAAGAGUUACUCCUGAUGACGUUUUCCUUGAAGUUCAACUGAGACCCCAGCAACUACAAGUUGGGGACAGUCUGAAUUUUACUUUAGAUGAAAACAUGGCUCCAUAUGUUAGAGGUUUGAGACCAUUCAUGGGGGACAAGAAUGUAUUCCUUCAGUGCAAGGAAAAUGUUUCAGAAGGCGCAUACGUCGUCAAACAACCUCAGAAAAACGUGUUAAUUGGAAAGGACCUCUUGACUGAAGGAGUUCAUUAUUUUAUUGAUGAUGUUGAUAGGACAUUUAGAUGUGAAUUUGGACUUCGUGUGAAUGUGAGUGUCAAGACAAAUAAAUGUUAUGAACCAGGAUCAACUAAGCAGUGCUCUGGACAUGGGCAGUGUGCAACAUACUUCAGCCAGUCUGCCUAUCAUUGUAGAUGCUGUGGGGGAUUCAGAGGGGAAUUCUGUGAGAAGCCAGAUCACUGCUACUCCACGCCAUGCAAAAACCAAGCUGUAUGCCAAAACACAGAUGACGAAAAUCUAUACAAAUGUCACUGUCUGCCAGGAUAUGAAGGAAAGCGUUGUAGCAGAGUAAUUGACCUGUGCGCAUCAAACCCUUGCAAGAACAAUGCACCUUGCACCCCACAGUUGAACGACUUCUCUUGUGCUUGUCCCAAGGGCUUUGCAGGCAAGACUUGUGAUGUGGAAGUCAAUGAAUGUGACUCUAGUCCAUGUAUUAAUGGCGGAACAUGCCUUGACAACAGGGGGUCAUUCCAAUGCCUAUGCUUACCUGGGUUUACAGGCUAUCAUUGUGAGGUCAAUAUCAAUGACUGUGCAUCUAAUCCAUGCCAACACGGCACAUGUAUAGAUGAGGUGGAUGGCUUCAGAUGUUACUGCAAGCCUGGAUAUGGAGGCAUAACUUGUGGUCUCAACCUAAAUGAAUGUCUCUCUAACCCAUGUCUGAAUGGAGGGUACUGCRUUGACGAGAUUAAUAACUUCCAUUGUGAUUGUGGUCAUGGGUACAGAGGCAAGCUUUGUCAAGAAGAUGUUGAUCUUUGUAAGGAGCCUUGGUGUGUUAAUUCUCUGUCCUGUAAAGAUGAAGGGCAUAGUGUGAAGUGUGUUUGUAAGCCAGGCUUCAUUGGUGCAAACUGUGGUAUCAAUGUACAUGACUGUGAUCCGAAUCCAUGUCAGAAUGGAGGAACAUGCAGAGACAAAGUCAAUGAUUUUCAGUGCUUCUGCCCUCCAGGCUUUACUGGCAAGACUUGUGAAGUUGAGAGUCCCACUACUCCACCAAAUGUACCUGGGAUGAAAGACCUCAUGCUACGCAUCCUUACUGAAGAUUGUCAUCUUAUGAAGGACUCAGUUUUACUUCAUGGUAUCCUCUUAAAUAUCACCAAGAAUAUUGCCAAAGCCUGCAGUUGCGACUUCAGCAUGAAUCACAUUGAUGCAAAUUCUGCAACAUUAGCAUGCCUGGACAGCAUUAGUGGUAAACUGACCAUACCAACUUUACCAGUCAAGAAUCAGACUAUUGAGGAGUUGCAGUGUUUGAUCUGGGAUUAUCUGUCAAGCCAUAAGAAUGUCAUUGAACUUGGUCACGAUACCUUUGUCACAGGACUAUUCGGGGACUUAGUAUCCCUAUGCAAGAAGAGCAAUGUUGAUUCUAGUUCAGACAAGGUCCUUGAGACAAGUACCAAUCUUGCUGUCACCAUUGGUUCUCUGUGUGCUGUUGUUGGUCUUAUUAUGGCUGCUAUUGUUGUCUGCUGUAAAUGUAGAAGAUCUAGGCCACCUGUCAAGCACAUCCAAUCAAGGAAAGAAGAUGACCUGAUUAAUGAUAUCAGUGGAGAUCUAAUGGCAGCCAUUGCACCAACUCCCAAGUCAAUGUACAGGACAAGUGGCGGAUACCACAACGUGGCAUACUCUGGUAGAUUCAACCCAGAAAAUCCUAUCCAAUCAAAAAAAGUCUAAUCUAUAGUAUACUAUAGUAUAUACUAGAGUGCAAACCAUAUAUCCGUGAAGUACAUGAAGUACUAAUUAUUACAAAAAAGCGCCAAUGAAAAUUAUUGAAAACAAAAGAAUAUUCAGUGCUAUUUAGUUUUUGCUAUUUCUUCAUGGAUAUAUGGUUUGCACUAUAGAAAAGUCUUCUCAAAUUUCUGAGGAAAUACCCGGUUGACCUUAUUGGUCAUUUUGUAUGUGAGACUGGGUUGGACAUUUUCCAUUCUGUCUUUCUCUACAAAGGAAGAGCUUCGACAAGACUAGGGUUUUAGACAGCAUAUGAAUGGACACUUCUCUUCUACCCUGCGACGUAAAGGUGGAGGAAACAAUUAAUUGGCUGAUAUUCUAGUCAUUCCUUUGUAUGAAUGUAAACACUUCUCAGUCAAUCUAAAAUCAAUGUAAUACAUGACAUAGAGAAACAAUACAAAAGAUACUGAAGUGGUCUAUUGAGGUAUAAAAAAGUCAGUGGGCACCUUUACAUUUCAUAAUGCUAGUAACCAUAGCAACGGAUAGAUUCAUAUAGAUUAAUACAUAGUAAUAUAUGAGUGAGGUCUAAUGACAUAUAUGACAGACAGUCUUAAUUGCCCCAAGGAGAAAUGUAAGAAUUUUGAAUUUUAGAUUACCUUGCUUGUAGAAAUUGCUUUUCCCAUUAUUCAUAGCAUUCUGAUUGGCUUACCCGUAUUUUAUAUCUUACCGACUUAAUUUAAACAGUAAAAAUACUAAUAUUUUAAUGGAUAUAUAAACGUAGUAAAAUUAAACAGGAGCUAGGUUAUCAAAGAUUAGUUUAUCAUAGUUCAAAUAUCUUAUUAUUGUUUAUUGUGUGUUAAUUAGGCCCCGGCGCACGAAACUGAGGACGUCAGGGGGGUAAGAGAUUGAACUAUUGCGUACAAGGUUGUGUAAAUAAGAGAAGAUGUCUAAAUGUUGGCUAAAACUGAUUUUGCAACUACUAUAAAAUAGACGACUUUUGAAGGAGUUGGAUUUAUCUUUUUUCAAUAUACACCUCCACGGUUUUUUCUAUUUUUCGGAUGUGGGACUUGUACUUGAUUUCUGAGAUAUAUCCGAUCGAUACCUAAAGCUUGCUUUUAUUGCUUGCAGAUAAAAAUUGGAAAAACUAAUUCAAUGUAUUUCUAUAGUGAACUCUACACUUGAACUGUUUUGACCGUCUUUUUAUGCUCAACAGUCGAGGACUGACUGCAAUUGAAACUUGUGUAUGCUAUAAUAGUUAUUAAUAUAACUUGAUGCGCUUCUGAAAUAAAUUUAUAUCGAAAUUAG